AUGCCAUCAACGCGCUCAAUCCUCGAAAAUGUAUUCGGGAUGCUCGGUGUCAUCUUCUGGUCCUUCCAACUCCUCCCCCAAGCCAUCGACAACUACCGUGCGAAAUCCACAGCAGGCCUCUCAUACUCCAUGUUCUUCCUCUGGACCCUUUGUUCCCUAGGCUUCGGGUCCUAUGGAGUUGUUGAGGAGUUGUCGAUCCCGUUGAUUGUCCAGCCGCAGAUCUUUGGUGUGUUGUCGACGGCGGGAGUUAAAAAUGAUGUCAAGGGAACGGUAGAAGCCGCAGGGAUAAUCCCCAUCCUCCUCCUAGUCUUGGGCUUCAUCCCGCAAUACUUCGACAUCUACCGGGACCGUUCCGUCGUCGGCGUAUCCAUGGCGUUCAUUUCAGCCGAUGCCGCGGGAGCCAUAUUCUCGAUUAUUUCGUUGAUUUUCAGGAGCGAGUUUGAUCUGCUGGCGACGCUGAAUUAUUGUGCAGUGCUUGUGUGUGAUUUGAUUGUGGUCGCGCUCUGGGUGUAUUUUAACAAGAUGCAUCCAGAGUUGGCGAAGGUGAAGGAGGUUGGACAGAAGGAUUUGGAGAAUGGUGAGAAUGAGAGUGCGGUUGUGACGAUUGUUGAGCCACAGGGUGAGGAGGGUGAGGAGAAGGAGCAACAGAACGGGCAUCGUCAUCAUUUGCAUUUGGACUUGCAUGGUACGACGGUGCCUAACCAUCUUCAUGCCGAGCCUGUUGCCAAGACAACAACAGCGUCAGCAACAGUGACAGGGUCUGCAUCGCAGGUGUCGUUGUCAAGUGCUCACUCCAACAGCACUGUUGCGCAACCAUAA